AUGCCACAGAUUAAAGUAACUUACAAUUCAACAAAACGUAUACUCUCAAUUCCAGAAGCACCAAAAUGGUCUGAUUUAGACGAAAGAAUUCGUACACUGUUUUCUUUUGCGCCUGAUAUCAACUUUACAUUAUCUUAUACAGAUGAAGAGUUCGAUAUUAUUACAAUAUCAACCGACUUAGAAAUUCAAGAACUCAUUUCUACCAUGCCAACACCAGCCAAGAUACCAAUCACACUACAAACACCAGCAACACCACAAACACCAGAAACACCAGCAACACCACAGACACCAACAACACCACAAACCCCAACUACAUCACAAAUACCAACAACACCUAGUAAAAAAACUAUCGAGCCUCUUCAGAUUAUUGAUACUAAUGGUGAUGAAGAAGAGUAUUGGAUGUUUGAAGAUGAUAAUGCUAAAAGCAACAUUAUUGUUAAUGUUAAUAAUGUAAACGAAAAAAAGGAAAAAGAGAAAGAAAUUGUUAUUAUUUCUCCAAAAGAAGAGAAAGAAGAAGAGUCUCAACUUCAACAACAGAGCAAAGAAAUUGGAAUAAUCAAAGGUUUUUGUGUUGAUAAUAAAAAAGAAGUGCUUCAACGACGGGAAAAAGACAUUAGACUAAACAGCGAUCUUUUUGUUGAGUGUGAAAGCGAAGAAUCUGAAUUUCAACGACGGCAAAAAGAAAUUAUGUUAAACAAAGUUUUUUUUGACAAUAAAAAAGAAGAAUCUCAACUUCAACAACAGAACAAAGACAUUGGACUAAACAAAAAUCUUUUGGUUGACGAUAAAAAAGAACAACCUCUAAUUCAACAACGGGAAAUAGAAAUUAGACCAAACGAAGAUCUUUUGGUUGACAAUAAAAAAGAAGAAUCUCUAAUUCAACGACGGGAAAUAGAAAUUAGACCAAACCAAGAUCUUUUGGUUGACAAUAAAAAAGAAGAAUCUCUAAUUCAACGACGGGAAAUAGAAAUUAGACCAAAGAAAGAACUUUUUGAUGAGAGUAAAAAAGAAGAAUCUCUAAUUCAACGACGGGAAAUAGAAAUUAGACCAAACAAAGAACUUUUUGAUGACAAUAAAAAAGAAGAAUCUCAACACGAAAAAGAAAUUAGACUAUUCAAAGAUCUUUUUGGUGACGAAGAUAUUAUCGAACGGGUCCUCAGUGUUAAUAAUAAUGACGAUGACGAUGAUGAAAAAGUUUUUGUGAAGAAAAGUGAAGAAAGCCGCAGUAUUUACAACUUUGGCAAUUAUGAUAAGAGCAGCAGCAACAAAUAUGAUGAAGAAAGACAAAAUAAAACUUAUAGUAAUAGCUACAAAUUUGGCGGUUAUGAUAGCAGCAGCAACAACGACAACAAUAGGCGUUUUGAAACAACUGCAUCAUCUUCAUCUUCAUCAUAUAACAACUAUCCAACAAUUGUACGAGAAGAAAAAAAACCAGAUGUUGUGGAGUUAGCAAAACAAUUUCAAGCCUUGAUAACACAAUACAAUGAUGUUAUUAGUUCUAAUGAAGAAUUGAAAACAAAGGCUGAUAGUACAAUGGAUCAAAUUCUCAAUGGAAAGCCAGUUGAUUUUGAAGUUUGUCGUGAAUGGUUAGAGUCUUAUCGUCCAAAAGAUAAUAAAAGCAAAACUUAUAGCUUUGUAAGUACGUCAACUAUACAAAAAGAAGCUCCUACAAAACCAUUUUCUAUAAAUAAUAAAGAUGAUGAAGUUUCUUGGCUUCAACAACCUGUAAGAAUUUCAAAUGGUAAUCGUGGUAAUCGUGUUAAUCGUAAUAGUAGAGUUAGUUUUGAUGACAAUGAGAGAUCAUCACCUGAUCGUUUUACAUUAUUUUAUGAUGAACUUCAACGUCUUGAAGAAAUGGGAUUUAGAAACAAUAAUGAUAAAAGAUUGAUUGAAUUAUUGAAAAAACAUAAAAAAAAAGUUGAACGAGUGGUAGAAGCAUUAAUUAAUUAG